AUGAAAUUACCUGAACUCUUGAAUAUUACAGAGACGCCACACAUCCGUCUUAUAUCGCUGAGUGGUAAUAACUCAAAUCAGACAAAUAAUAGAAUCGUCGCUCAGAAAGAUCAAAUAACUGACGCAUGCAAUGAAUCAGUGGAAGAAGUAGCCAAGAAGAGAUCAAAGAAUCGUAUACCUGAAGAGUGGAACGCCUACAAGAAUAAAAGACUAAGGGAGACAGGAAGAACAUAA